AUGACGUCGCCAAAAAGUGUCAAGGCACGCAAGACGGAGACUGCAACUAGAAGCUGGACGGCGAAACCGAUCCUAAGCUCGGAUUUCACAGAAGCUCCUCCGCUGCAGGAGGUCUAUGUGGGCGUUUUGAAACAACGGAAGGACACCUCCACCGCAAUUAAAAGUAUAUCUACCAUUUUGCCGGGAUUCGCUCAUCUAAAGCGCUGUUCCAACGGGAAAUUGCUUUUGGCUCCGCUUCAUUCGGACGAAUUGUCACGUGAGAAAGGCCACGAUAUUUCUCUCGGUGAAAAUCAACUUAAAACUCAGUUGAAGGAGAGAGGAUUCGAUCUCUCUUUGCUGGAAGAGAAAUUCCAAAUGACGAAGGUGCCAGCCAAGGCGCCAAGGACGAAGAUACAGGCCAGCGAAGCUUCGAAAAUCUGGCCGGUAAAUUUCCAUCCUGAUCAGGCAAUUGAGAGUCUAAUCGACGGCUCGAUCUUCAACGAGGAUUGUUUAUACGCAAUCGAGCGAAUCAUGUCAUUGGUAAUAGAGGCUGCCAGGUUGGAGGCGGUCAGCAAUGAGCGCUGUACCGGCGCCGCAGCGAUCGUCGAUCCCGAGGAUGGAAGAAUCCUGGCGGUGGCUGCCGCGAAAAUUGAUAGACAUCCUAUGUGGCAUGCCGCCAUGCUGGCGGUGGAUCUUAUUGCUAGACUUCACGGUGGUGGUGCAUGGAAAUUGAACGAUGAGGAAUGCGAGGAAUGCGAGGAAACGAAGAGACAAACAGAUGUUAUCGAGGAAGAUAAAUUUGGCGAUGAAAGAACAGAUCCAAAUAUUACGACUGAAAAUCAGAUCUCGAAGAGGCUAAGAAGAAUCAAGAGAAGAUACGAAGAAGAGACACCGCUCUGUUAUCCGAAAUCUCUAGCUUCGCUAAAGUUUCCGGUUCAAACGUCCCUCGAGACGCAAAUUGUGCGAAAAGGGCGCAGAAAUAACAGUGCCAAAAUCGAGAAUUCGAAGCAAAAGGAAUGCGAGGAUAACGCGAAGAAAUGCGGACCGUAUCUCUGCACGGGUUAUUGGGCAUUCCUGCUGAUGGAACCGUGUCCUCUGUGUGCCAUGGCAUUGCUGCAUUCCAGAGUCGCGCGAAUUUUUUAUGGUACGGCCAAUCAAAGUGUCGGAGUUUUGGGCUCCAAGACGAUUUUACAUACGGUACCAGGCCUAAACCAUCGAUACAGAGUUUGGAGCGAAAUCCUGGAACGGGAGUGUCGACAAACAGUGGAAGAAAUCAAUGCUCGCAGAACUCGCAGCUGA